CGAUCUGAUAAAGGAAUCCACCUCAAUACUGCAGUUUCCAACAAGCUGAAAAGAUGGCUGAAAGUUUGCUCAGCGCUUUCCUCAGGCGUCUUCGCAGUUUUAUACCCGUCGAGUUCACAAAAGAAGUGAAAGAGCUGUCAGCUCUGGCUUUGCCUAUGUUUUUGUCCUACAUUAUGGUCUACUUGAUCAGUUUUGUCAGUGUUGUAUUUUGUGGACAUUUGGGAAGGACAGUCCUGGCCGGGGUGACACUAGCUGCAGCUAUUAUCAACGUUUCUGCUGUUUCAGUAGGCUAUGGUUUGGCAUCAGCCUGUGCCACAUUGAUAUCUCAAACCUUUGGGAGUGGGAACCUUAAGCGAAUUGGCGUGAUCGUGCAGAGGACGUUUCUUAUCUUAAUGUUUGCCUGCUUCCCUUGCUGGGCCAUUUUAAUAAACACAGAGUCAUUACUGAUUGCUGUUAAACAGGACCCUGAGGUGGCCAGAGUAUCUCAGUUAUAUGUGAAGAUUUACAUGGCUGCUCUUCCAGGAUUAUUUACAUACAUAACUGAGGCGUCAUAUCUGCAAAAUCAAGGAAUCAUAUGGCCGUUGGUCAUCUCUGGAGCUGUAGGCAAUGUCAUCAAUGCCUUGUGCAACUACAUUUUCCUUUUUGUUUUGGAUCUUGGAAUUGUUGGCUCGGCAGCAGCCAAUGUUGCCUCACAAUAUGCCUUGGCUAUUACACUGUUUGUCUACAUCUGGUGUAGAGGUCUUCAUAAGGACACUUGGCAUGGCCUGUCCAUGGAUUGUCUACAGGAGUGGGGGGAUUUUAUGCGGCUGGGCAUUCUAGGCAUGUUAAUGCUGAGUGCAGAGUGGUGGACCUAUGAGCUGGGUGCAUUUUUGGCAGGUUUGAUAAGUGAAGUAGAGCUGGGAGCCCAAUCAAUUACUUAUGAACUGGCAAAUAUUGCAUAUAUGUGUCCUAUAGGCUUCAGUGUGGCAGGUGGUGUGAGAGUGGGAAAUGCUCUGGGUGCUGGGAACACUGAACAGGCCAAGCUGUCUGCCAAGAUCUCUAUAGCCUGCACAGUCUCCGUCUCAGUGUGCUUGGCAGUUAUCAUUGGCAGUAGCAAAGAUGUCAUUUCUUACAUCUUCUCAAAUGAUCAACAGAUUAGAGAGAUAGUCAGUCAUGUAAUGGUGCUCUAUGCCCCUUUCCAUCUCCUUGAUGCAACAGCAGCAGCUGGUGGGAGUAUUGUCAGAGCCCUAGGAAAGCAGAUGUUUGGGGCAGCUGGGAACCUGGUUGGAUAUUAUGGCAUAGGCUUUCCUACUGGAGUGUCUCUGAUGUUUGCUGCUAAAAUGGGCAUAUUUGGUCUUUGGACUGGCCUUUUAAUUUGUGUGUUCCUGCAGUCAGUUUUCUUAAUAGUUCUCCUAAUAAAGCUAAACUGGGUGAAAGCCACAGAGGAGGCACAGAGAAGAGCUGGAAUUCAGGACUGCACAGAGGACGAUACAGUACAGCAGGCUAACAAUGCAGAUCUGACUAAUGGAGGCCCUCACACUGAAACAGAGAUGCUGGCGGAGAAUCUGCCCAACUUGACUACAACGAGGAGCGCACUACCUUUAGGGGUCUUGGUGGUCCGCAGAGGCCUGACUCUAUUGGCUAUGUUCAUUAUUCUGGCUGUAGGGAUUGCUUUAAGUGUAUUAGUGAAGCGGUAGUAAUGUGCUCAGUUGGCCUAAAGCCACGUUAGAGAGUUAAUAGUCACAGGGAGUUUACUGUAUGGACAUUCAUUCUGUCACUGACUUCAGGUGAUGAAGACUGCAAAAGGCUACAUGAAGGUAUAAUGUUACAUACAGUAGGUUUACAGUCUCUUGUUAUAUGUUUCAAGAGUUACAGAAAUGCAUAUUAAUAAAUUAUUUCAAGUGACAAUAUUA